AUUGAAAUUGCUUUCGAGUCACAUGUGUACUUUGAGGUUACAAAGCACCGACGUGUUGUUGUGUUUAGGUUUAGCAAGAACAGUAUAAAUUCAUCAUAAAAACACACAAAGCUGAAGUCUAAGAUUUGUGUAUGGUAUUUGGUCUAACAAGGAUUUUACAAAGGGGUUUGAGUCGAGUGGUGAAAAUGGCAAAGCCAAAUGUUGUGUUUGUAUUAGGAGGUCCAGGAGCUGGGAAGGGAACCCAAUGUGAUUUAAUACUAAAGGAGUUUGGUUAUGUCCAUUUAUCAGCUGGUGAUUUAUUAAGAGCAGAACGUAAAAGGGAAGGCUCUAAAGUAGGCGAAGAAAUAGAAAUGCACAUCACAAAUGGCACAAUUGUGCCAGUAGAAAUCACAUGUGGCCUGCUGGACCAGGCUAUGCAGCAAAACAGUUCAAAUAACUUCCUCAUAGAUGGCUUUCCCCGUAAUGAAGAUAAUCUAGCUGGCUGGAACAGAACCAUGAGUGAUAAAAUAAAUCUCAAAUUCGUACUUUUCUUUGAUUGUCCGGAAGAGAUAUGUGUAGAGAGAUGCCUUAAAAGAGGACAACAGGGAAGUGGACGAUCAGACGACAAUGUGGAGAGUAUGAAAAAACGAAUUGUUACAUACAACAAUUGCACAAGGCCUAUCAUAGACCACUAUGACAAAAUGAAAAUGGUGAGAACAGUGGAUGCAUCUAAAUCUCCUGAAAAUGUGUUCAGUGAAGUGAAACAAUUUUUUACAAAGGAUGAUUGAUGAAUAUGGACAUAGUACAAAUUUAUCUCAAUGGAUUCAUUGUAUAUAUAUAGUGGAUAGAGAGGGACUAUACCAGUAUACUAUUGUUAUAUGAUUCUGAAUAAAUGGACUACCUGAUAAUUAUGGAAGACCUAUUCAUAUGGCUUUAAACAAGGUAGUAUAGAAAGUAAAGGGAUAUCAGUGAAUAGAAUGGUGUAAAUGGGACAAUAGAAUAAAAGUUGUCUGAAGAAUGAAGUUGUCUAAUUAAUCAAUUGUUAACCUAUUUAGAUAUUGAUUUUAGUGUAUUCAAUUGUAGUCAUCUCUUGUUGCUGUGCAGUUAACCAAAUAUUCAAUCAUCUUGUCAUUAAUGUUUGUAAAGUUAUUUUAUUUAGAAUCACAAUUACAUACAAGUCACAAUAAGUUCUAAACAUCUUGAAUUAGUUGUACACUAAUUUCAGUUUUUUAAAA